AUGGCAAGUUUUCGAAAAGAAUUACCUGCCAUACAACACAUAAAAAUCCCAAGAUGGAUUAAAACAAACAACACGCAAAAAUCAAUGGAAUUGCAUCAUGGCUUCAGUGACGCGUCUGAAAAGGAUUAUGGUGCAGCAGUUUUCAUGCGUGUCCUUGACAGCUCUGGAAAGAUCCACAUGCAUUUACUUAUAUCUAAAACAAAAGUUGCUCCAUUGAGAACAGUCAGUCUGCGGCGACUUGAACUGUGUGGAGCCAUACUUCUAGCAUAUCUGCUACGCUACACAAAAGGAGUACUUGACAACACAUAUGCAAAACUGUUCCUGGUCAGACUCAAUGAUCACGUUGGCAUGGAUUAG